GACCGCCCCGCCCCAUCCUCGGGGAUGCCGGGAUGUUUACGGUCCUGGCAGGAGCGGCGGGGGGCGGAGUACAGGUCGGGGCUGCCGCCGGUGCCCGCGGAGCCCACCAGGAGCCCCGCUAGGCUGCCGCCGCCACUGCCGGCACGGCCCCGGGCUCGAGGCGCAGGAGAAGCCGGGGAGGAGCGGCGGCCGGUCCCGGUCUCCCGCGCCAGGAGCAGGCGGAGCCAGGCUGCCGGGACAUACGGCACAUCCUUGCAUGAUAGAAUGGAUGAGCAAUCACAAGGGAUGCAGGGGCCUACUGCUCCACCAUUUCAGCCACAGAAAGCCUUACGACCUGACAUGGGCUACAAUACACUUGCCAAUUUCCGAAUAGAGAAGAAGAUUGGCCGGGGGCAGUUCAGUGAAGUUUACAGAGCAACCUGCCUGCUGGAUGGCGUACCAGUGGCUCUAAAGAAGGUUCAGAUAUUUGAUUUAAUGGAUGCCAAAGCCCGUGCUGACUGCAUCAAAGAAAUAGAUCUUCUUAAGCAAUUGAAUCAUCCAAAUGUAAUCAAAUAUUAUGCCUCAUUCAUUGAAGACAAUGAACUGAACAUAGUGUUGGAAUUAGCAGAUGCUGGAGAUCUCUCUAGAAUGAUAAAGCAUUUUAAGAAACAGAAGAGGUUGAUUCCUGAAAGAACAGUUUGGAAAUACUUUGUUCAGCUUUGCAGUGCCUUGGAACAUAUGCAUUCUCGUCGUGUUAUGCAUAGAGAUAUAAAGCCAGCAAAUGUGUUCAUUACAGCUACAGGAGUAGUAAAGCUGGGAGACCUUGGACUUGGUCGAUUUUUCAGCUCCAAAACCACAGCUGCACAUUCUUUAGUUGGUACACCUUAUUAUAUGUCUCCAGAGAGAAUACAUGAAAAUGGUUACAACUUCAAGUCUGACAUCUGGUCUCUAGGCUGUCUGCUGUAUGAGAUGGCUGCACUGCAGAGUCCCUUUUAUGGUGACAAAAUGAACUUGUACUCUCUGUGCAAGAAGAUAGAACAGUGUGACUACCCACCUCUCCCUUCAGAUCACUAUUCAGAGGAACUGCGACAAUUAGUUAAUAUGUGCAUCAACCCGGAUCCGGAGAAGCGCCCAGACGUCACCUACGUGUAUGAUGUGGCGAAACGUAUGCACGCACACACCGCCAGCAGCUGAACAGCCUGCAGAGCCCCAGGAAAGGACCAGCAAGAACCAAGUGCUUUAAAUAAACCAUCCCACCUCUCCCUGUGUGCUACACAAAUGUAAUUAUUUGAAGCUUACUGUUGUGCUUUGAAUUGUAAACCAGUUUAUAUACAAGCUUUGUUGUUUUCUGUUUAUUUCUGGGUUUUGUAUAUUUUACUAACUUGCAAUUGUACAGCAGGUUUAAAUAUGUAAAGCGUAAUUUUAAGAUGCCGUGAACCACUGUUUCCAUGUUAGUGGGUUCAAGUAUACUUUCUGUAAUAACAAAAUUGUAUUCAGUUGGGCCUCAGUUCUAAAACACAGUUGCACUUUUGCACAUAAUACACGUAUUAGGCUUAUUAUCAAGAUGCAAAAUGUCUGAAUCUCUCGCCUUCUUAGUAAUUUAUGGAAAAUAUGAAUCGACACAGUUAACUUUAUUUUUGUCUUUCUUCCAAGAGGAACAUAAUUAUUACAGGAGCUUAUUGUAUUUUAUAUUGAAUUGUAGUUUGCAGCUCUUGCUGUAAGAGCAGAGAAAGAAUAGAAUUAGUUCUUUGCUUGCCAAAUGCAAUAGAAAGAUAACUUCAGGAAAAAUUGUCUGGCUGAAAUUUUUGUAACAUCCCCUUUUGUUUUGUUAGUCUCUCAUGAUACACAAAAUGUUUGUUGGAGAUUUUCUGGGAAAAUUUAAGGUGUAGAUUCAGCAAUAGGUUUGUUUUCACUGGACUUGUGAAACACUGCCCUGGGGCAAUGGGAAUCUGCAUAGUUCAAUCUUAAAAACAGUGCAGAUGUUUCUUGUAGCCAGUAAGGUUCUUUUGUGGCUGUUCUUUGAGCAGGUCUGAUUAAAAGACACAGUCUUUAAGUUACAACUUCCCAACUGUUUGUGUAUAUGUCACUGUAGAUUUUUGUGUUUAAAAUAAUUUGAGUGACCUUACAGUAUAUUGAAAUUCUAAUUUUUUUUUCUAAAUGCUGAAAUCUUUGGCAAAGAUAUAAUAGAUAUAAUAGUCAAAAUGUAUUCUACAUAAAUAUAUGAUUUUUGUAUGCUGUAUCCUGAGAGUUUUAUAUUUAGCAGAAGUAAAUUAUAAUGUUUAACAGAAAGUUGCCACGCCUUAAUUUGGGAAAUAAUUAUACAUGCAAACUUUCUUACAGAUACUUUAUUAGCUUAAAAGGAAAUUCUUAAUAUUUUUGUCAUACUCUUGGGGUAUGCUUAUAUAAUAAUUUUGUUGUUAAGGAAAGAAUGUUUUUUUGUUUUUAAAUGUGGUAAAAAUGGAGAGUGAAAUGAAAUUCCUUGAGUUUCAAGACUGAACUUUUUUUACGAAACUGUCAAAUUAUCAGUGACAGCAGCUGAGGAGCUGUUACUGUCAGGUCUUUUUCUUUAUGUGGGUAAAAAGUUAGUGCAAAUAAAAGCAUCAGUAUGUACAUACACUUAUAGGUUCUGGAUGCAGUCACAUCCUUGCAUGCUCAGAUUUUUUUUUUUUGCUUGUUUGUUUCUCUGUGCAGCUGUAAUUUUUAUUUGAUAUAAUGAUCAAAUAAAAGCCACUUGUGGAGUUUGUGUUCAAGGGAGGGUCAGAGUUGGUUUUGUUUUUGUAUUUUUUAAAACUACAAAUACUAUGAAAAUUGUGUUUGGAAAAAAAAAAGGUAGUUUUUAGAUGGUAUGUGCCAGAUCAUCAGCUUAUCUUAAUAUAUACUUUUUUUAUUUUUUGCUUCCAGGUUUUGUAGGACAAAUUGUAUGAAACUGUAGUUGUAUUUCUCACUUCUGUGUGCACUUAACCUUAUAGAGCUUCAGUGGAACAGUUUGUUGGAAAGAAGUAUUUGAGAAACUUUGGUCUGUGUUUAGCAACCUCUGAUUUGUUUUCAUUUAUUAAAUGGUUAUAUAAUUUAAAAGAUGCUGAUUAUAUUCUGUAACAAUGUUUCACAUGUCAUAGAAUGAAAUGCUUUGUAUUGAAAAAGGCAGCACAAUAUUUGCUUGACUGCCAGAAUUAGUUCUUAAUAUGCACAAGUACUCAAUUUUUUUUUCUGAAAUGUGCUAGAACAUUUAAAAAUCACUGAAAAAAACCCCAAAUGUAAUGAAGUCCAUUUAUAUAUAAUAUUAUGCAUAAAGUUUGAACUUUUCCUGCCAGAAACUGCUCACAGAUAUCCCUCCCCUGGAAGGGUAUGUUGAGUAAAAGAAUAAUGAGUUAAUGGUUAGUAAAUGUGCAUACUUAAAAACUUAAUUUUUUUUUAGCAGUGUGUUUUUGUUUUUGUUUUUUAGUAUUUAUGAUUGAAUAUCGUGCUGAGGAAAAGAAAUAGUUGUUCCUGACUUAAAAUCUGUGAAAUGAAUGGUGCACCUGACUCUGGUACCACAAAAUUAAAAAGCCAAUGUGGGUGGAUAGAACUGCUUAUAUAAGUGGGGAUUGUAGAAUCUCUCCCUAAAGUAAAGUGCCUGGUAACAUAUGAAAAUGAUAAGUCUUGUUAUAGCACUCUAAUGUAUGCUAUAUGCUUAGAAAAUAUUUUCUUUUCUAAACCGCCAGCGUGUUUUUCAUAUGUUGAUGAUAACAUUUGGCACUAUCUUUGUUAACUUAUGGUAUUAUUUUCUUUAAAGAUAACUUGUUACAUUUCUACUGAAAAUGUCUGACCAGCUCUUCCUUUUAUUUCAGUAAUGCUUCAGUAUUAACUAUUUUCAGGAGUGAACUUUGUGCUUUGAAUGACAUUGCAUAAAAUACAUUGUCUUGAAAGCUCCCCUGCUGUGCAGUAGUCCAAUAGAAAUAAAACAUACAGGUAUUAAAGGUAAUGUAAAAAUUAUAGUGUUUCUAUGAUUUUUUCAAACUUUUAUUUUUUAAAUAUAUAUAUGUUACAGUAGAUGCUGCCUAUCUUGUCCACAACUUACUGCUUCCAGUAGUUGAUUCUAGGUGAGAUUUCUUGACUGCAACAAAAGGCAGUACACUAAAAAUAUCAUUUUUGUAUUAUUUGUUAAAAGAUUUUCUAAAAAUACUACAUCAAAUAUAUUGUAUGUUUUCAACUAAAAUUUUAAACUAAAUUUAAAAUUAUUUUCAAGCCAUAUUAAAAUCUGUGAUAAAGCAUAAAAAUAACAAAGAGGCUCCCAUUAUGGCUCCAGUCCUGUGAGUGCUUGUUUAUAUUUCAGCUGGUUUUUAUGUAAUUUCAGUAAUUUUGAGUGAACCACAUCACACAUACGAAUAAAUCAGUAGGGUAGAUGGAAAUGAUGUACUCAGCACACUUUUUAUACUCUCUGUGUGUCACUGGUUUGGUAGCAGGGAAUAAUUUGGGUUUUUUCCCCUCUUCUGUUGCACUCCUAAUGAUCCAGCUCCCAAUUGUAUGAGCAGGCAAUAGAAGCAUGUUGUCUUUUUGUAAUGAGCAGAAACUUCAAAAACAUGCCAGUAUAGCAGAAGAUGAAAUGCAGUAUUAGAAGUGUCUGAGAAAGCUGGUGUUUUAUUCAUGCUCAUGAUUAAGAAAGCCAUAGAGUGAAAUUCUUGACAGAGGCUUGGAAAUAGAGAAGAACUUUUAUGCCAGUGGUUCUCAGAUACCUCUGAAUGGGACCCAAAGUCGCAGUGAUGUUUGUUUGCAGCAAUCUGUCUGCUUAACCUCUUAUCUUUGCUGUUAUACAGUGUGGUGAGAAUCUUAACAGCUGAGUUGGAGUGCUGGUGAAUGCUGCAUUGGCUGUGUGAGCUGGUAGGAACAGGAGGUGAUGUGAAGGAGAGUCAGCAAAGGCCUUCAGGUCUUGUUUUGUGAAGACAUAAAGGUGCUGGAUGGCAGAGGUCAAAUCACUGUUUUUCCAUAAUUUUUAAUAGUCUUUAUCUACUUGAACAGUCAAAUUUUUCCCAGCCCUGUCAUAUCCCCACAUUAUCUAGUCAGUGGCAGUGUUGGUCUUUUGAAUUUCUGAUCUGGGUGAGUAAAUCUUUCUGGCAAGGAGAGAAGUAGAGGUGCUGACCCUGCCUGGUGGGGUGCUACUUAUGUUUGAACAUGACUCAAAUAUAGAUGUUUAGAGUUGUUUUUUAAACUUUAUUUCCUUCUCUGAUGCUUUUUAAAAAGUACUUUCCAUCACUAAAGUUCUAUGACUGCUUCAUCAGUCCUGUUGUCAGCCCUGCCUUCUUCCUGGUUUGAAGUCCUCUGUGUCUCGUUUUCCUAGUGGUCAUUAGUUAGCAUCUUUGUGACUUUGCUAAACUCAACCCAUUUCUGUCUUUUCAAAUUUCAUCCCUCCCAUUGGGCAAAUGCAGUUCCUUUCCCCUGAUCACUACUUUAAUCCUUUGUUCUUCAUUCUGUUUUUCCAGCCCAAUGCCUGGGAUUUCUAGUUUUAGAUAGAUUUUCUUGCUGUCUCAAUCAUUCCCAUGACCUUGUCUUUACUAAAUACUGUUCACUUUAUUAUCUCUCAUUUCUAAAUUCCCUUCCUCUGAUCACUACCUGCUCUUUUUCAGCUUAUCUGUCUUUCUCUCUCUUCUACCCUGUCACUCACUCCUUUUGGGAUCUCCAGUCUAUUAACCUUUUUGACUCCUUCGUCUUACUGCUGCCUCCUUCCUUCACUGGCCUCACUUCUUUAGACUCACUGGUCAUUAUUUUUAUCUCUGUCUCCUUCUCUGUACAUGGUUUCCUUGGCUGCUUCUCACACUGCCCUGUCUCUAUUCCUCCCUCCAGACAUAUUCUCUUGUAAUUUCUUAAUUUCCAUUCCAGCCUUUCUGAAUAUCUGAAGAGUGUGUCAGCACAACACAGCUUUGGACUCAGCUUUGCCUUACCUGCUUCAAUGCUCUUCCCAAACGGACUUUUUAACCUCUUUUAUCUCACCUUCUUUUUCUUGUUGAGCUUACUUGCAGACCUGCUGUUCAUUUUCAUUCUGCAUUCAUUCUUGAUACUUCAAUCCUGAUUUUGUUGCAUGACAACAUCCUUUUCAAAGUUGUUUUCAUUCUCAGGAUCUGUUUCUGAACGGAGCUUCUCCGCCUCUUAACUCUUUAAUUUUGCCCCUUUUAUUUCUCUAUGUUUUAUGCCUCUCAUUCCUUUCAUUGAAUUACUUCUUCCUUCAGUAGCAACCAAGUUUCUCUUUCAUCUGUUUUUAAAGGGGUGGCACCUAUCAUUGUAAUUGUUUCUGGUUAUAAUACUUCUUCCUUUUCUCUCCCUCUCAUCUGAAAUUCAUGUGCCUAAACACCCUCUCUCCAAUUUGUUUUUGGAUUUUUGUUACGCUUUAUUUGAAUGCCUCAAAAAUCCAGUGCUUCUCCCCCCCAGUAUGAUUCUCCUAUGGUUCUAUCUCCAGAUUAUUCCUUUAGUAUCCAGCCAGCCUCAGACCUCUUCAGAUUCAAAGAUCUAAUUUUUAUUUUUGACUCCCUCUAGACUAUUUUGUAACAUCCCUGACGAUUUUUCUUGCUUGUUUUCCAAGGCCACAACCUUUCUAUCUCUGACACUUCUCCCAUGCCUGCGUAUCAAAUGUCUGAGUUAGAUGUAUCAGAAUCCAGCCCUCUCACUAUCUGUUCUUCUUAUCUUUUAUCUUCACUGAUUUAACCUCUGUGUCAUUUUGGCUUCUUUUCUCCCUUAAAAGUAUCAAAAUUGACAGGACUAAACUGUCAUUGGGCUUUCACUGUUUUGUGUGCUGAAGAAAAAACUCCACCAAAUUACUACUUGUUUUGUGUUUUAAAGAGACCUGAAUCCCACAAAUCUGACUUUUGUUUCAGUACUGUAGGGUUGGAAUAGAUUGUUUCUCCAAAUAUGUAGUAAGUCCUUGAAUUGGGGCCUUUUGUUUUCUGUCAUUUCAGAUCAAGAGAUUUUUUCCCUGUAAUUGCUUUGUAUUUAUUGUGUGUAACCUUGUCUUGUCUUGUUCCUGCACAUACGGCUAACAGUUGUUUUCUUGCUAUAGCAAAUUGAUUUCAGUGCUUUUAACUAUUGCUUGAAAUAAGAAUGUGCCUAAGAGUUCCCCUGGCUGGACCCAGAGUUGGGCACAAGGCUCCUCUGUGUCCCUGUGCCACCCAGACCUGCCAGGUGCAGGACUGAGCCCAGUGCUCUACUGCUUCUCUACCCAUGCUGCCCUAACGUAAAGCCAAACCAGAGCUGCCUCUGUGCUGGUGCAUGGUUUUCUGUGUGGGUGCACAGGCUGACUUCGUGCUUUUAGCAGGCUUCCAGAGGUGAAAGAUUGUGUGUUUGCAAAGAUUCACUGUUGGUCAAAUUGUCUGGCCUUUGCUCGUAAUUAUCCUGAGAUAUGUUGAGAUUGAGAAACAAAAAUCUUUGUGGAGCUGAGAAGUUUGGUGUUUUGGAACUGGGGAUAUAGAGCUGAAUGUCACCUUUGGUGUGAGUAUACACACAUUUAUUGACUUUUUAUUUGCACCAGGGUAAUUAUUUUUAGAGGAACAAAAAAAAAUUUCUAGUACUUUUCAGGUUUUAUAUUUAUUCCGUGUUGCCUGCUUGUCUCACAUUAUGCAGUUAGUACUUCUGCAGCUGUCUUAGUGAUGGGUGUCGGUGUUACAUCUUUUGUCUAAUUGCAAUUUUCUGUCAUAAGGAAUUAAAAAUAGGAAAUUAUUGAGUCUUUCCUGAUAGUUCCACUUGCUUUUCAUUUAAACCCUAGCAACAGAAAGAGGUCUCAAACAGGAAGAGAAAUGGUCCCCAGGAUAAAACAGAUGUUCUGGGAUUCCUUACUUCCUUUCCAGCUCUCAGCCCCUGUUUCUCUGACUUUCCUGGGACACUUGCAGGGAAUAUGGUACUGCCAGUGUAUCAAGGGCCAAUAGAAACUUUCUCAGUGUGGACAGGAAAUCUCCCAGUUUAAAAUUACUAGGAAUAUAUUUGGUAUUGUUAUAUAGCUGAUAAUUGCAAGUGUGUAAAGAGCAAUUAAAAAUCUGUUUGCUGUUACAAAAUAAUUUUAAAUCAUGCAAAGGCCUUUUAAUGUGGUGUUGGUCUUCAGUACACUUAAUUUUCUUUGAUUUCAGUCAUGCUGCAUUGUUGUAAAGAUGAUUCAUUAAAGAUGAGUGUUCUUUUUUUGUUGGGAAUGGGGAAAACAGGCGUUCACUAAUUUUUUUGAAAUCAGUGCUGAUUGUGCUUGAAUUAAAUUUUAUAAUAAUUCAGAUUGGAAUGGACCUUGAGAGAAGUCUCUAGUCCAGCUUCCUGCUGAGAGCCAAGUCAGUGCUGAAUUCAGAGCAGGGCUUAAGGAUUCAGCCAGAUCUAGAAAGCCUCAAGUGAGAGUGAUUGUGCAGCUUCUGUGAGCAGCCUGCUCCAGUGCCUCGCUAUAAACCUUGUUUGCCUUGUGUGCAGCCAGAAACUCCUCAAUUACAAUUUAUGGCCGUUCUUUGUUCUUCUGCCACUCCUCAAAUGUUCUUUAUAUUGCAAAAAGGUAAGUCAAGUAUUGGAACAAAGAGACAGCUUAGAAUGUUUUGUUUUCUGAAAAUUUGUUGCUGCUAACAAAUUUGUUCACGUAGUACUUCUGCAUCCUGUAUGAUGUGUACACCAUAUUCAUUUGCAACUCGAGUGUAAAAUAAAACUUUUGUCAGUAAAACUUGAUACAAAUUUCCUGUGGUGUUUAUGACCUGGAUUUUUUAAUUGUUACCUCUCAAAUCUGCUAAAUGUUUCCUGGCAGAUCACAGUUGUGCCCACCAUGGUGAAGCAGGGAAUUUGGAAUCCUGAACACAAUG